UUAGGGUUCUUGGAGCUGGAGUUCCGUUCGAGGUAUGAUUCACAGCAGCGACAGCGACAGUAGCAUCGAUCCAUGGCUGGAUUCGAGGCGCCAGCUGCAGCGCCGGCGCCGGGCAACGAUUCCUUCGAUUGGCUCAUCCCCAAACAGCAGGACGCAUGGUAUGGAAAUAUCCAGUACCUGAGCAACAUCUCCAUCAUCGGCGCCGUGUGCUGCGUGAUCCUCUUCCUCGUCGUCAAGGUGAGGAGCGAUCACAAGCUCCCCGGGCCGGCAUCGCUGGUGACGAAGCUCCUGGCGGUGUGGCACACGACCAGCCAGCAGAUCGCGAGGCUGUGCGGCGCCAAUUCGGCACAGUAUCUGUGGGUGGAGGGCUACACUUUCGUCACGCUCGCGAUCGUCUCGGUGGUGGCACUGCUGGUCAUCCUGCCCGUGAAUUUGUAUGGGGGCACGGUUCCAAUCGAGGACCAGUUUGCAAAGGCGACGGUGGCUCACGUCAAGGAGGGAUCGCCAUGGCUGUGGGCUCACACUGUGUUCAUGGUGGCUCUCACCGCCGCCGUCCACCUUUGCACGAGUAGCCUGGAGAAGCAUCUCCAGGCGACGCAGUUCCACGAUGGAGACUCGGCCGACUCGGUGGCGAUUUUCACGCUGAUGGUGAGAGGAGUUCCUCGGGUUCUCGCCAUGGACAAGCGGCCGCUGGAGGACUACUUUGAGCACCGGUAUCCAGGGAAAGUCUACUCCAUUGUCGUCCCUCACGAUCUGGACGCGUUCUAUCGGCUAAAGUCCGAGCUGCUCAAGACGAGGGAGAGGAUUGUGGCAGCGGAGGCUCAGGCUCGCGCACGACAGCAAGUGUUCUACGAGGAUGAUUACUUUUUCAGUGGCAACGAUAGGGAUUUUUUCGUGGAUUUGUCAUCGUCCAGCAGGAGCCACAGGAGGGUGUCUUGGUUCCGGGAGAAGUGGUCUUGGAUCAAGCACGAGGUGACGAGGUGCUGGAACUGUAUAUUAGUUUUGUGCCGCUUGACUCCCGAGGAUAGGCUGAGGAGGCUGGCUGCUCGACGCGAGGAGCUCGAGAGCUCUCUCGGUGCUUACAGGGAUGGGAUGGCCGCAGGUGCUGGGAUUGCUUUCGUGGUCUUCAAGGACGUAUUCACGGCGAGCAGGGCUCUACAGGACGCUAGGAUGAAUUCUACCAGGAGCGAUAGAUUAGUAGGAGGUUUUUCGAUGGUGGAGGCGCAGCUCUCGAGGGGGUGCUGGAAAGUUGGCAGGGCUCCUCCGCCUCGCGAUAUCUAUUGGCACCACCUCGGCAGGAGCUCACUCCAGAGACGCUUGCGAACGGUUGCUGUGAAUCUCCUGCUGCUGCUGGUGCUCUUCUUUUGUAGCUCGCCACUGGCAGCCAUCACCGCGAUUCACAACGCCAGCCGUUUCAUCGGGCGAGAUACCAUGGAGCACUUGCAAGUUUGGCUCGCCUGGGCUCGCUCCUCCAACUGGUUCUCCACUUUCAUCCUCCAGUUCUUGCCGAACGUGCUCAUCUUCGUCACCAUGUACGUACUGGUUCCCGCGGUGCUGGCACACCUAUCCAAGUUUGAGUCGCAUCUCACGGUCUCGGGCGAGCAGCAGGCCGUGUUAGUCAAGACAGUGUGCUUCUUCCUCGUCAACCUCAUCCUCCUCAAGGCACUGGUGGAGACGACACUGGAAGCCGCGAUCCUCCACAUCGGGCAGUGCUACAUCGACAAGCAGGACUGCAAGAGCAUCCAGCAGCUCAUGAGCGCGACGUUCCUGGCGACGUCGUGCCUCUCGGCUCUGGCGUUCAUGAUCACGAGCUCCUUCCUCGGCGUCUCGUUCGACUUGCUGGCCCCAAUCCCCUGGAUCAAGCGGAAGUUCAUGAUGAGGAAGAGCCGGAGCACGGCGGCCAUGGAGAAUGGAUCCCCCGGCCACGACGAGAACGGCUUGCACGAAGCGCUGCUGCCCGAGAAUGGAGCUCACAGCGAGGAGGACGACACGGUUCCGCGGCAGGCCUCCGAGACGAUGAACGACGGCUUCGACCUCCAGGGGCGGGACUUAACGGUGUACCCGCUCGUCAAGGAUCUCCGCUGGGGGAUCCAGCGCUUCGACCACGCGCAGUACUACGCCUUCAACCUCACCAUCUUCGCGCUGGUGAUCGUCUACUCGACGUUUGCUCCGGUGAUGAUCCCGUUCGGCGCCUUGUACUUCGGCUACCGCUACAUGGUGGACAAGUACAACUUCCUCUUCGUCUACCGGGUGAGAGGCGCGGCCGCGGCCAACGAUGGCAAGCUCAUGGGGACGGUGCUGCGAGUAAUGAGGCUCUCGCUCUGCCUCUACCUCGUCGCCAUGCUGCUCUUCUUCUACGUCCGCGGCGAUGGCGAGAGGCUCCAGGUGCUCACGACGCUUGCGCUGCUCAUGGUGGUGUGUGCCAAGUAUGGGAUCGAGAAGCUCGUGUCGCCGCCAAAGGAUGGCUUUGAUCUCUCCGUGAUCCAGGGGCUGAGGACGGUGGACGAAGCUGUGGAGGGGGCGGAGGUGGAGUACGAGGUUCUAGCACGGCCGAAUUUCCAAGGGAUUUGAAUGGAGCUCUCUCUCGUGUGUGUAAGUUAUGAUCCAGAAAAGUUCUUUCGAUCAGUCAUUCUUUUCUCUUGAGAAAUUUUUCUUCCUUGUAAAUGGUGGCUCGAAAAGAAUUAAUGAUCUUCUUCUAUGGUUAUGGUAAA